AUCAACAAAGUUCUUCCUCAUACGUUUAUCGCAAACAAUCAAACCGGCGAAAAUAGAAUCGGGAUUUUGCAUGCGCGACGUUCUGAUCCCUACGUUCGGAUUCGCGGGGGUUGCCGGGUCGCAAAAAGUAUGGUACAAAUAAUACGUCGCUCGCCAUUUUGUAAAAUUUUGCCGGGCAGUCCGGGGGUUGUCUAGGGGUUGGUAAGUUCGACUAGCUCGGAGGGUUGAAAUUACAUGGGCGCCAUCCAGGAUCCGCGGAUUUCGCGAAAAACACAUGAUAUUUUGGCGCAGGCUCACUAUUCAAGCCAUAUUUAGAAUUUUUCGCAAAUUUUUGCCAAAAAUUCGACAAGUAAAUAUCGACCAUCUAGACGAAAAUAUCAAUUCCCUAAUUAUGGGUUGUUUAAAAAAAAAAAAAUCAUUAGAAAAAACUUAAUUUUUUUCGCAUUUUUUCAAUUAUUUUUAAACAUUUUUACCCCGUGCAAUUUUAUUCUGCGCAUGGAAAGCAAUUUUGCCCAAUCAUAAAUAGGGCUAUUGUGGGGGGAUAGAGUAUGUUGGUGCAUUUCAUACAUUUGAGUGUAAUGGUAACCAGAUAGAGGCAGCGAGGCUACCGGCCGUCAGCACAUGGAAUAUGGGAUCUGGAGUCUGCACGCCGCGGGUGGACUGUGGGGCGAUCCGCGGCUCGCCCGAAGACACCCGAUCCUGGUGCCGGGGGGGCCCGCAGUCGGUCCGGCAAAUCCUGGGGCCGCAGCUUUCGCUCUGAACACGCUGAGGCAUCCGAUCGACGGUAUCGCGAUGCCGGUCGCACCCGGAAGUCCCGCUUACCGAGCGAUGGAAUUGGUAGCGAGAACCGCGUCUUCCGGCGGCGAUUCGCUGACCACGGGACCCUCCGCGAAGGUACAGAAUUCAACACGAGACAACGAAACGAACAUCGAAGAACGGGAGGAGCGGAAGAAGGGCGACGAAAAUUCGAGACAGACGCCCUUACCAACCGUGCGGACGAACAACGACGAGACUCCCGAGGAAAGCGACGCGGGAAGCGUCAGCAGCGGGAACGAGUCCAGACAUUCCGUGAACAACAACCUCCACUUCAAAACUCCGGACGCAGGACUUCCCUGCCUCCUCCUCGACAAGGAAGACGGAGUGCCGCCGGUUUUGAACAGUUGGGUUUUGGGCGCCUACACCGCGAUGCUCGGACGUCUGUCGGCCGCCACCGCCGCCCUCGAGGGUUCCGAAAUACCGAACAUGACCUCCGACACCGGUUCGGACAGCGAGGACUCUUCUUACACCGAGAAAUCCCGAGGCUGCAGUCCGACGGGAGGACCGCGACGAGGAUACUCCUGCGGAUCCUGCGAAAUAAUAUCCCCGACCCGUCCGGCCCUGAGAAAGCACAUAGCGGACUCUCACCCCUCGAUCGGUGGGCUGGAAGCCGGCGACUCGAGACGGUGUCCGGCGACCGGAUGCGAUUUCGCGACCGGAAGUCGUUGCGAAAUGGAAACCCACGUCGCGGCCCACGUGGCGCAGGGGAUGUCGCCAACGGGAAAGAAGCGUUCCCUGGCCCUACAGCGCGUCAGGUAUAGGUACGAACGGGAGGAGUACAGGUGUUCCAUGUGUUCGUACGCGUGCACAAUAGAGAAGGCCUUCCAGAGGCAUUUGAGGGCUCACGCGAAGGGCGCGGCACCGGAGACGAGGGUGAGCUGUCCGGUUUGCGGGGCGGAUCGUACGUCGGAAGUCGACCUGAGCAGGCACAUGCGGAGGCACCGGGACGACCGUUACUUCUGUUGCGACAUUUGCAUCUUCCGUACGGUGCAGUUGAAGAAGCUGAUUCAACACCGGCGAAUGCACACGGGAGAGAAACCUCACCUUUGUCCCCACUGCGCUUACCGUAGCGCGAGACGCGACAAUUUGAGAAGUCACGUGCGUAGGGUUCACAAGAAGGAAAAUUUGUACUGCGACACGUUCAGCCCUAGAGGAAUGCUGCAGAUAUCGGGCAGCACCCAACCCAUCAGAAGUCCAGCCUCGUCGCCGGCGUCCAACGCCGGAAGUGCGAACUAGCUGCAAAAGAUAAUGGAGAAAUAAAAAUUAUUGAAAAAAAAAAAAAAAUGAUACAAAGAAGAAAUCGGCGAGUGGAUAAAAUCACAACCGAAUUAACGAGGAAUCUACCCGCUGCAGAAUGUUCAAACUUUUCACACCUGCUGGUAAGGUUUUUUUUAGCUUUUAGACAAACAAAAAAAAAAAAAAAAGAAAGAAACACGUGGUUGAAAAUAGAAUACAUCGACUCCCGUCGAUCCUCUCGUGGGUGCUAUACUUUCUAUUUUUCGUUACCGUUCUAUUUUCUUUCUCUCGUUUCAUCGUUCCCCCGAAUUAAACGUGGAACGAUGACUGUGAAUUAAAUUCAUUUGCGAGUACCUAAAUAUUAACGAUAACGAUUAAUCAUAUACAAAAAAUAAUAUAAUUACUACACAUUCCGAAAAUCGGGAUGUGCGUUAUAUUUGUUUCAUUCAUAACUCGCGACGUGUAUACACAUACGGAUAAAUUAUUAUACGUACGUGUAUACACGAUAAAAAAUAUAUAAAAUAUAUAGAGAAAAUAAAAAAAACAUUUUACACGUCCUAACUUUGUCAAUAAGUAUACACAUAUAUACAUAUAUAUAUAUAUACAUCAUAUAUAUAUCUAUUUAAAACAAUUUAGAUAUUGUGUAUAAUAGAAAAAGUGUCACGGUAUGCAUAUACUACAAUUACAUACAACUACGUCCGUAUCGAUUAGAAAUCAUUUCCAAUUUCGAUAUACAUAUGGUAAAAAAAAAAAAUUACGAGAAACGAAAAGAAAAGAAAGAACAACAAUUCCAAUUGACCAGAGCCGGAUGUCCCGUUACAUUAAAUACAGAAUACCGUAAACUGAUUGAUUGAAACAAAAAAGAAACAAAUUACAAAACGUGAAUUAUGCUCAAUUUCUCUGUCCAUACUAUACAAUACUGGUCGUAUAAAUAGUUGAAUUCCUUGUCAAAUUUUCUAAAUAUAUUUACAAUUGAUUUUUCUUUAGUUCUCAUUUUUAUUGCAAUGGUACUGAAUCUCUCUGGUCUGAAUAAAAAAAAAAAUAAAAAAAAUUAGGUACUCUUAUGUGGUAUUUUCGGAAAUGACUCGAAAGUGAUGAACGAAAAAGAAGUGAUGAUUCUUUUUUUCUUGGCAUGAUCAAAUGAAUAUUCAUUAUUAUUAUUAUGAUUAUUAUUAUUAUUAUAUAAUAUAGUAGUUAUUAUUAUAUAAAAGCUGCGAAAUGGUGCUAGAUCGUAGACUGGAUCAUAUAUAAUUAUAUAAAUUACAGAAAGACUGAAAUCUUGAGAAAUUUGAGAAGAUUGAAAGAAAGAAAAAAAAAAAAAGAAAAAAAUGAAAAUAUUUAAAGGCGAUGCCCAAAGAUACAGGAUUAAAAAAAGAAUAGAAAACGAAAAGGCAAAAAAUUCGAUCCGAAAACGAAAUUAACAAUUUUAAUUGUCAAUUAGUGAGCAAUUAAGUAAGAAUUUUUUCGGCGACUAAGGUGAAGGGGGAAAGAAAUUGAAGAAGAAAAAAACCGAAUAAUAAAUAAACAAAUAAAUAGUAAAAAAGACUGAGAAUUUGAACUGAAAUCGCCAGGGUCUACGCAUUUGAGAAAAAAAUACGAUGGUGCUAAAAAUUUUAGAAAUUAGAUAACUCUUAUAAGAAAAUUGUACAAUGCAUUGAGAAAAACGAGAGAGCAAACUUGGAGAAAAAAAGAGAAAAGAAAUGCAGCUAAUUGUACGUUUACAUGUUUAACUAAUUAAUAAUCUGACUCGAAUUGAAUUAUACUACACGAAUUCGACAUACGUGAAACUAAAUUAUUGUUAUAGGUAACGAAUUCUAAGAGACUGAAAAAUUAUUGAUAACUAAUUGGCAAUAGGUGUGCUAUUAAAAUUAAUCGAAUAAUCCCAAUUAGGAAAAAAAAAGGAGUAAAAUUAAAAAUAUCUGCGUAAAAAUGAGACCCUGGUUGUAAGGAAAGGUGCUAUUUUGCAAAUGUCGUUUUAAUUAGUUCAAUCUUAAUUAUGCGCGUAAAAAUUAUUACCUAUUGUAAUUUGAAUCUUUGGUCCUUCUUCUCACCUCCUUUGAUAUUGUCGUACAAGACUAUUCUUGUCAUCAUAUGUCAUUAAUUAUUCUUUUUCUAUCUAGUAUAAAAUGUGUGUCAAUUUUUAAUAUACAUAUAUUAUUAUAUAUGUAUAAUACAUUACGAGAUUGGUAUUGAUAUACAUAUAUGUAGACAUAACGUAGUUUUUAUUCCGUGAGCGCGCGCGGUUUUGAUGGUCAAUUGAUAAAACCAACAAAAAGGAAAACUUACAAAAAAGAAGAACGAAAAUUCAAAAAAAAAAAAAAUAAAUUAACGAAUAUUCGCGCAUUUACUAAUUAAUAAAUAUUCAUAUACGUAUAAUGCAACGCCUAUUUUUUGCUUUUGAUAUAUCAUAUGUGUGUAUAUACAUACCUACACAUAGUUAUAUACGACGUAUACACGUGGGCAGGGUGUGUAAUAAUAUUUGAUAUUAACACGAAUACAUAAAUAAUAAUUAUUAUAUAAUAUACACCCCACGAUCCAAAUUAUUCAUUAAACGGCGUAAUUGACGAAUACCUCUAUAUAUAUAUUUGAAAACUCAACCUCAAGCUCUUCCGCGACUUUUAACAAGAGGAAAAAAAAAAAUUGAAAUUAAAUAAUAAAAUUGAUUAAGUUUCAUUACAAUUGUUCAAUAGACCAAACUGCUGCAGACUUAUUAUAUUACGGUGAUAUUUUACCAAUGAAAAUAUAUACAUAUAUAUGAUAUGCAGAGAACGUAUUAUAUUCAUUAUACGAUAUUAAAUAAAAAUCGCCGUCUCGAUUAUGAUUUAAUUUGAAAAUAACAAAAAAUAAAAUGAAAAAGUAUCGUAUAUAUUAUAUAGCAUAAAUGUGUAAUAAUUAAUAAAAGUAAUAUACAUGUAUAUGUGAUUGUCUAUUGGCCAGCAGUUCAGUCUCCAGAUUUAUUGAUCUAUUUAUAUAAUGAAACAAUUGAUUUUAAUUAAUAUUAAUGAUAAUUAUAAGUGAACGUUGCGUGCCACUUACCUAUAUUACAUAUACAUACAUACGAAACUGUGCGUGCCAAAAGUAUAAUGACGAAGUAAUGAAAAACGAAACAAUUAAGGCGAUGAUCAUCGACUUUUCAUUGGAGUAUAAAGGUCGGAAUUUUAUUUCCCAACACAUUAAAGUUUCCACAACGCCACGAGGAAGAAAAUCUAUCGUUUUCGUCUGGUCUUUUUUCUUUUGAACAAACAAAUGAAGAAAAAAAAAACUAACAGUAAUAAUAAAAUAAUUAACGAAUCAACGAACGUAACUUACGGACCUCUGUACUUCAAUUUUGUAAAUACAUAUUAUAGAUUGAAAAGAAGAACAAAAAAAAAAAAAAAAAACCAACAAAAAUUUGUUACAAUCUUUUAACUGUUAAAACUUUUUUGCUGUAGUCGUAUAAGCCUCCCCACUGUAUACCUUACCUAAACUAUGUAUUAUUAUUAUUAUUAUUAUUAUUAUUAUUAUUAUUACCAUAAAUAUUAUAUACAUAUAUAAAUAUAUAUAUAUAUAAUAUAUUCUAUAUUAAUGUUUCUCAGAUUGAAGAAUUAAACGAUAAUUCGAGAAUUUAGAAAAAAUCAUAAUGUCCAUAAUUAAGCCGGACAUCGCGCUUCACUUCUGAAUUCGCAAUUACGCAAUAAGUAACUAUAAUUAUAUAUGAAAUCCUUUUUCGGAUAUUCCCAUUUUUUUAAAACUUUAAAGAAAAUGAUGUCACUAAAUUCACGAGGUUUUUACCGUGACGAAUUUUUGUUCUUUCCCCUCUAAACAUCUGCUGCAAUUGGCACACCCCCAUCGAUUGGGAUGAAUUGAAAAUGAAGAAUCAAUGACGCGAAAUUCGAAAAUUAAUCCAUUGAUCCCAUGAAAGGAUUUCAUAAAUUCUCAAAAAAAUUAAUAUACAAUCUAAAUGUGAUAAUAUAUUUACUAUUAAACUAUGUAAUAAUUAACGUAUACAUUAAUAUAAUUAAACGGUGAGACUCUAUCGUGUGGGAUCGAUCAAAUCGAUCAAUGUAUAAUAAAUAUAAGAAAAUGAGAAAGAAACGAAAAAAAAACAGACAAAAAACGAAAACGAAACGAAAAAAAAAAAGAAACGAGAUGAGAAUAUACAAUUAAAAAGCCAAGCAAUUUUAGAAUUUUUGUCCACGUAGGUAUGAAUAAUUAAAUUAUAUAUGUUCCAGGUUGUUGGACCGAAGGGCGACGCAUUAAAAGAAUCGCGAUCCAAAUUCGAUUCGCGAUUAAAAUUGAUACGAUUAAUUGUUAGAAAAUAAUUGAUCGAGAUUCAUUUUAAAAAAGAAUGUGUGCAGGUAGUAUACAUUAUACGAAUAUGAUGUAAAAUAUAUUGCCGCGAUAAAUUCGUCCCCGAUCGAUUUUUUUCUUUAAUACGAAAAAGAAAAUUCGUCGUCGUCCUGUCGCCACGAGCCUUACAUAUAUUAUACAUAUAUAUAUAUAUAUACUGUAUAUAUGUAUGUGUAUAUAUACGUUAUGUAUUUCGUAAUAAAAUAAUCGCUCAGCGAUUGAACAAGGAAAAAGCAAAGUAAAGGAAAAAAAAAAAAAACAGAAUCAAAUUCGACUUGCUAAAUGCUGAUCGAUCGCACGAAGAUCUUUACAUCGAUCGGUGAACGUCGCAGCGAUUUUGUCGUUUCGAUCGAAUAUUGAUUACGGUAUAUAUGAUGAAAAUAUAAAUUAAUUAAAUAAGUCGUCAAGGUCAUUAUAAUGCUAGGUUAUACAAUUAUAUUAUAUUAUAUAUAUUUGUGUACUUCGAUAAUCGUUUGAAAAUACAUUAAGAAAAAAAAAAGGAGAAAAGAAAAAAAAGAAAAAAAAAAAAAAAAACUAUGGUGACGACGGCAUGCGGUCGUCGUGGUGAGUCCUGAUUAAGCAUAUAUUAUAUAUAUGGCCACGGUUAUUAUUGCAAUGAUUAAACAUAUAGAUAAUAGGAAUAUAAAUUGAACAGUAAUAUCAUGUGUAUACGGCUGCAUAAAAUUAUGUGACCUUAUUAUUAUAUUAUUGUUCAAAAUAAAUAAAACGAAGGAAAGAAUAAAUAAAUUGUCGUCGCGUUGUGAUUUAGGUAAAUAUUAUAUAUGUAUGUUAUAUAUAUAUAUUAUCGUAUAUUAUGUAAGGCAUCUCGAAGACGCGGUUGAAGACAAAAAACCAAGAAAAGAGAAAAAAAAACUAAGGAAAAAAAAUAAUUUAUUUAAAUACGCGUUGACUCGUAAGUUUCGAUUCCGUACAAUCGAAAUACCUAUAUAUAUAUUUGAGCUUGAAGUAAUUCCGUUUAUUUGAUCGGAAAACAAAAAAUUUGAAAAUUGAAUCGAAGAUAACGAUUGGAAAAAUUUUUUUUUUCAAUCCCCAUACGUACGGCGCGUCUUCGAUACGCGAGAGUCUCUUACCUGUUUGUAUCGAUAAGGUAAUGGGUAAUAAAGAUUUCAUUAAAAUGGGCUCUGAUACAUGA